AUAUGGUUAUAUAGUUAUAUAUGUAUAUACAUGUAUAUAUAUGUAUCUAUACAGUAGUAAUAAUGGUAAUGAUACGGUGGAUGCCCGGCCUGGUGUGGGGUUGGGCUUCUUUUACUUCUCCCUCUUCUUUUCUUUCUUUCUUUUCUUUCUUUCUUUCUUCUCUCCUCCUCGCUCGCUACAUCACAUAGAAGGGAAGGGCUAUACAACUUUUUUUUCUUCAUACUCCUAUCCUACCUCCCUCCCAUCUCCCUCCCCCUCUCUCACCAUCUCCCCGUGUCUCCGCGUGUGCUGCGACGAGAGAGUUGGCUGAAGAAGAAGAAGAAGAAGAAGAAGAAGAAGAAGAUAUAACUAGGGAUUGACGGAAUUGACAUCCCUGGUGUGAUCUGCGCCGGACUAGCAUUGGCAUUGCUUGUUUUGCACCUACAGUAGGAUCUCCAGAAAUCUAAGUCAAGCCCUGUAUAUACAUUAUAUAUACAUUAUACAUAUAGAUUAGAGACAACUCAAUGGCCGAUUUUGGCUCCGACCUCUCCUCUUCCUCUUCCUCCUCCUCCUCCUCGCCUCCCACCCCCCCCACGUACAACCACCAUGACAUGAACCUGAGUGAAAAGGAGGCCUUUGACGCCUACAUCCGCCCCAACGACAGCUACACCCCGGACGGCGUGUACUGGGCCGACCUGCCCCUGUACCGGCGCAUCGCCUUCGUCUGCAAAUAUGACGCCGCGGAGGCCGCUAGGGAGUUUGCCGGCUUCUGGACAAUGUUCAAGCAGGACCCGCUGGCCCCCGUCGCGUACUAUUUUAGAAACAUGGUGCUUCCGGGCGCUGGGCUGGGACUUGAAGGAUACGUUCUAUUUUCCAUUGGGAAUAUCAAGCCGUUGUUCCAAAGGGCAUUUCCGGAAUGUUGGGCCACGAAGGAAAUCUGCAAUCCCACCUGGAUUGCCGCCGUGGAGUAUCUGGAGAUUUGCGGAAUCAUUGUUGGCCAGAUAAUAGUUGGCAUCAUUGGUGACUGGGUUGGACGACGAUUUGGCCUCAUCCAAGAUGCCGUUAUCAUGCUUCUCGGGCUGGUGAUGAUCACUGCGGCCUGGGGCGUCACCCAAAAUGGCUGGGUUAUCUGCUAUGUCUGGUCCCUCUUCUUCUACGGUAUAGGAGUCGGAGGAGAAUACCCAAUGACAGCUACCAGUGGGAUGGAAAACGCCGUGGGUUCUGGCAGAGUCUCCAACAAGGAGGAUCGACUCCAUCGUGGCCGCAAAGUGACCAGCGCCUUUUUGAUGCAAGGCUGGGGCCAGUUCUUCAACCAGGUCCUCUUGAUUAUCCUCCUCCUCUGUUUUCACCACGGUAGCGGGAACCCGCCUUACUCGACCGUGGCCGCCCAAUGGACUUAUCGUGUCUCUUUCGCCAUCCCUGCUGUCGGCACCCUUUGGCUAGUUUACUACCGUUACUUCAAGAUGAAAGCAGCCAGCAAACAGCUGUCGAUUGCCAAGGCUAAGGCUAAAGUAACAGGCUACGACACCCAGUCUCUGGUUCUGGCUUUCAAAUACUUUGGCCCCCGUCUAAUAGCUACCGCAGGUAGUUGGUUUGCAAAUGAUGUGUUCUUUUACGGUAAUAAGCUCUUCCAGAGUGAGUUUAUUGCUGUCAUUAGUCCGAAUUCUAAUUCGAUUAUGCCGGGUUGGUUAUAUAACCUGAUCAACGUUGGCGUUUCGCUUGUGGGAUAUUAUAUGGCUGCUUUCUUCAUCGACAACAAACUCUAUGGCCGAAAAAGGAUGCAGCAAGUCGGAUUCCUAAUGGAUUUCAUCUUCUUCAUCAUCCCCGCCUUCAACUUCGAAUACUACACCUCCCCAGAACACAUCCACGCAUUCCAGGCCAUGUACUUCCUCAGCAGCUUCUUCAACCAAUUCGGGCCCAACGCAGUCACCUUCCUCGUCGCAGCAGAGGUAUUCCCCACCCCCAUCCGUGCAACAGCCCACGGGUUUGCCGCCGCAGUUGGUAAGCUCGGUGCCCUCCUCGCCGCCGUCCUCUACAACUACAUCGACACCCAAACCAAAUUCUACGUCGUCCCCUGGUUCGGCCUGGCAGGGAUGGUCAUCACCUGGCUCUUCCUCCCAGAUACCACAGGGCUGGACCUCAAGGAACAAGAGCGCCGCUGGCACUACCUCCGCAGCGGGCGCGAGAGCGAAUACCACGGCCCCGCCGUACACCCGAAGCAUCUGUCGCUCUGGGAACGCUUCCGCGGCGCGGGCAAGUACUACGACGCCGAUCUGGACUAUAAGCGCAAAGUCGACGAGAUGCGCGGGGACUGGGAGGCGCUCAUGGCGCGCCGGGCCGCGGAGGAGCUGCAGUUUGAAGGGGAAGACUUGGAUGAGGGCCUUAAGCACGCGCAUGUCCUGUCGUAUUUCGAGCGGACGAGCCCGAUGAUUUUUGUGAACGAGAAGCAGGCCGCCGUUGCCGCCGCUGCUGCUGCUGCUAGUGACGUUAGUGAUGUUAGUGAUCGUGAUGAGAACGGCGGUGACUCGAUGGGUGAUGUUAUUUCACCGGCACGGCUUUCCGAAGAGAUGUUGCCACCGCCGAAGGCGGAUUUGGGGAGCAAUAUUUCUUGAGUAGAGUAGAGGUGUGCUCUGUUUACAUUCCCCCCCCCCUAAACCUCCAAUCUCAUUUUCGACUUUUGAUUCGUAUAUUUUUGACACUUUCUUUUUUUGAGAUUGUUCAUCUGAGUUCUGUUUGGCUAUCAUAUUACCCCACAUACAUGACUAAAAAAGAAAAAAGGCGCAAAUUACUUAUACAAUGAUUUAACCAUGAUAUCAUAUUCAGGCAUCUGUUUUGGUUGAUGAAUUUUAGUUAUUGUUUUUCUUUACAUACAUGGGUACAUAUCCCUCCCAUUAUACAGGUAUAUGCAUAUACAUGUACAGUACAUACAUAUAUAUAUAUAUAUAUAUUUUCCUGUUUUGACUUUAU